CGUGUUUUACUAUGUGCCGUGCAUAUACAAGUAUACUGUGCCGUGUGCUCAUGUGAUUAUACUUUAAGAAACGCAGAAAAAAAAAAUGGUCCCAAUUUAAUAUCGAUUGCAGUUGAUUUUAGUUCGGCGAUUACGUUGUUCGAUUGUUGUUUCGGGUCGUUGUUGGUUGUAUUUCAAAGUGUUCCGGCGAAGUGAUUUUUUUUAAUCGUGUCUGUACCUACCUAAACGUUUGGACCCGGCGAAAUUGUCAACGUUGUUUCGGAACCCUUUAAACAAUAUUCGAGUUUUCGACUUUCGAGGUAACUUGUACUCCAACUGUACAGUAAGUCAGCAAUGAUUAUGAUUAAUUAAUAUUGUUCUAUGUGCGUUGUUGUAGUGGUUUCUUAAGCGCCGGUUGAAAGUUAACACCAAACAUCCAAGAUGAUGGACUCUCCAACAACACCACCAGGUUACAUGUCCGAGGACGGUGAUAAUAACGAAUCCCACAGUGAGUAAAUUUAUUGUACCCAUUUUAUAGUUUUCGUGUACUUGUGCAUUAGACCUUAAUUUUUUUAAUUUUUUGUAGGUAUGAGUCCAAAUCCCACAGUCAUGGGAGUGCUGGACACACAACCUGUUCUAUACUGUGAACCUGUGUUUUGGUGUUCAAUUUCUUAUUAUGAACUCAAUACAAGAGUGGGUGAGACAUUUCAUGCGUCUCAGCCUUCAAUAUCUGUUGAUGGAUUCACAGGUACGUACUUAAAUACAUUUUCAUUUUAAAGAACUAUACCAUUAUAUUUUCUGUUGAUAUAAUUUUUAGAUCCCAGUAACUCUGAAAGGUUUUGUUUGGGUUUGUUAUCAAAUGUUAAUCGGACAAGUGUUGUUGAGCAAAUUAGACGACACAUUGGUAAAGGUGUGCGUCUUUACUAUAUUGGAGGGGAAGUAUUUGCAGAAUGCCUUAGUGACUCAAGUAUUUUCGUACAAUCACCCAAUUGCAAUCAAAGAUACGGAUGGCAUCCAGCCACUGUUUGUAAAAUACCACCAGGUAUGUUUGUAUGCAUUUUAUGAAUUUAAAACACCAUUUACUAGUAAAUAUCUAAAUAUUUAGUACUCCUUCAAAUCAAACAGAGUAAUUUAAUGUUUUAAUUUGUUUGUAAUUAUUAUUUUAAAUAAUGUACGUAAUGUGUCAUAUGUUUCUAUAUUUAUUUCAAAUUCUCAAUCUGUUCAACUCAGAUUAAAAUUUAAUUUAGACUUCCACAACUAUUAAAUAGUGAUUAUGUAUAUUGAAGUAUUUUGUGUUUAUGCAAGUCUUUCUAAUUUUUAAAUUGCACCAUUUUUGGACAUACUUUACAACAUCACUGCUAAUGUAUUUUUCUUGAAUUUAAUAUUUAACCUUAGAAAUGUUGUUUAUUAUGUCUUCAUUGAAAAGUUUAAAUUAAUUCAGACUUUGGUAUGCACUCUUUAAUAAUUAUUAUUAUUGCGAAUAAGCAUUUAUAAUGAUAUUAUGGUAAUAAGUAUAUAAUUAUAGUUACCUACACAUUUUUACUUGUCUCACAAAAGUAAUAAACUGUUAAAAUACAAUACAUUUAAUUAAGCAAUUUUAGUUACUCUAAAGAGUUUAUUGUAAAAUUAAUAAUAUAUGCUGAGUGGCUUUAAUAAGAUUUAAAAUAUAUAUAUAUAUGUCUAACAAAUAUUGAUUCAAUUAUUUGUUUGUUUAGUGAAAAAUUAUUUACUUUCUCAUUUUCUGUUGUUUUAUAAAGUUAAAUAACUAUUUAUAUUAUAUAGCUAUUAUUAUCACAAGAAAACAAUAUUAGAUAAAUUAUGACAAUGUAUCUUAAUAUAUAAUAUUUAAAUUAAAUUAAAUUGUGUACAGUGCACAUUUCUUAUAGUAUUAUUUCAAUUUUUAUUCCUGUUAAAUCUAGUUUGUAUUUACUGCAAUAGUAAGUAUUAUACAAAAUAUUUUACAAAAAAAAAAAAGAAUGAUUUUCCUAUUUGGUUAUUACUUUUUUGUUUAUUUGUAUAUUUUUUUUUAAUUGAUAGAAAAAUGGUUUUUAUGUGAAGUGUUUGAUAAUUUAUCAACAUUUAUAUAAGUUAAUUAAAUUAUUAUUUUCAUUGCUAAUAUUGGCAUUUUGUUAUUAUUGUAUUUAUUCAUAAAAACCAGGGUAAUUUAUUUUAAAAAUAUAAUAUCUUCCAGUUAAAUACAUUUUGCUCUCAUACUUUAAUUUUUUUGUAUUUAAUUAUUUUUAAACUUUUAAUUUAGGUUGUAAUUUAAAAAUUUUUAACAACCAAGAAUUUGCAUCUCUUCUGUCUCAAUCAGUUAAUCAAGGAUUUGAAGCAGUUUAUCAAUUAACUAGAAUGUGUACCAUACGUAUGUCAUUUGUUAAAGGCUGGGGUGCUGAGUACAGGUAAAAAGCUGUUUUUUUAUAAUAUUAUUUAAUGAUUAUGUUUAUAUUAUAAUUAUAACUUAUGCAAUAUCAUUUUUCUAGGCGACAGACAGUGACGUCCACACCAUGUUGGAUUGAACUACAUCUAAAUGGGCCAUUGCAAUGGUUGGACAGGGUACUCACUCAAAUGGGUUCGCCCCGUUUAACAUGCAGUUCUAUGUCAUGAUUUAAUUUGUAUUUCUUUUUAUUAUUAUUAUUUGUUGUUUUAUUGUACAUAACCCUUGGAAUGGCUGUCUAGUAUAAGAUCAUGCAUUGAAUCUCUAUUUAACCUAAUUUACUAAUUUAAAAACAGUGUAUUGGUUUUAUGUUUUUCUAAGUAACUUGACAUAAAAAGAACAUUAAUUACCUACAGAUGUCAGUGAUAGAUAUUUAGCGUUUUUAUUGAAUAAUAGAUUUAAGACAUUUUUUUAUUGUAAUAUUACUAUUAUUAUUUCUAAUAUUUUUUAUGUUAAAUAUAAACAAUUUUAAGUAACAUGACUAUAUAUAUAAUAUAAUUUAUUUGACAUAUUUAUUAUAGUGUUAAGUUUUAAGCUUUUAUUUUUGUUCAGUUUGAAGUAUUUAAUGUUUUAUUAAUUUAAUUUAAUAACAAUUGGUACUAAAAAAUCAACUGUAGGACAUAUUGUCAUCCAACAUUAUUUUUAUUGCAUACACCACACACAUUAUUUUGUAUAAACUAACUUGUAAGAUUAUGUUUUGGUGUUUUUUUAGCAUUCAGAGUGCAAAAAAAUAUCACUAUUGUGCUUAACAUAAUUGAUAUUAAGCUGCAUAUAUUUGUAUAAUAAGAAUAAUAUACUUAUUUUAAGUAUUUUUGUUUAUAAUAUUUUAAAAUAAAU